AUGGGCCACGAGAGGCGGUUUGUCACGAGACUCCGUGUUGUUGUCCUUGUUAACGUUGAGGCGAAAGCAAACAGCCUCCUCCUCCAUCUCCUCCAUCGCUUCUUCCUCCACAUCCACCUCCUCUUCCUCCAUCUCCUCCACCUCUUCCUCCUCCAUCUCCUCCACCUCCUCCUCUUCUUCCUCCACCUCCUCUUCCUCCAUCUCCUCCUCUUCCUCCACAUCCUCCUCCACCUCCUCCUCCAUCUCCACCUCCUCCACCACCUCUUCAUCCUCCUCCUCCUCUUGCACCACCUCCUCCACCUCCUCUUCCUCCAUCUCCUCCUCCACAUCUUCUCCCUCCUCCAUCUCCUUCUACUCCUCCUCUUCCUCCACAUCCUCCACCUCCUCCACCACCUCUUCAUCCUCCUCCACCUCCUCUUGCACCACCUCCUCCUCUUGCACCACCUCCACCACCUCCUCCUCCCCUCCUCCCCUCCUCUUCCUCCCCCUCCUCUUCCUCCAUCUCCUCCUCCACAUCUUCUCCCUCCUCCCCAUCUCCUCCUACUCCUCCUCCUCCAUCAAGAGCAGUUGACGACAAACGCCAGAGUGGCCGGGGCUGAAACCCGCGACUCGUUCAUUGGAUUUGUUCAUAAGUUGUUUGUUGUUGUUAUUGUUGUUGCUGCUGCUGCUGGUGGUGGUGCUGAUGGUGGUGGUGAUGGUGAUGGGUCGCUACUAACAGACAGGGGGUUUGAUGAAAGACUUCCCCGUGUCGUGGAGAAGAUCGCCGAGAUGGAUCUAAGCGCCAUGAACCUGAUGGCUCAAAUCGAAGAAGACCUGCAGGAGUUUGGUAUCGAGAAGAACGUGCGCCCGUGUCUCAAGACGCCCGAAGAGAUUGAACGGCUGACCGUGGACGAAGGACUGAGUGACAUCGAACGUGCGGUGCAUCUGCUGAGCUCUGGCCAGGAUGUGCAGUGGACCAGCGUCGCGUGCAGCCUCCCCGAGCUGCUGCAGCGGAGUCCGGCAGAAGCGCUCCGGCGAGUCCUCCCCAAAGUCCGCGAGGUGCUGCACGUUGCUGGCCCCGAGACGCAGCUGGCCUCGGCGGAGUCGUUCCUGGCGUCGCUGCGCGGGGGCCUCGUCACGCCGGCCGUGUUCGCGCAGGGCUUCCUCCCCGCCGUGCUCAUGAACGUGGAGCACCGCGACCCCGCGGUUGCCAACGCCUGGCUACAGACGCUGCUCACGGCCAUCGAGAUCAUGCCCAAGGACCUCGUGAAAAGAGAGGUGCUGGGCAUCGCCACCGCCAAGGGGCAGCUGUCGCAGGCCGUGCCCUCACGGAUCGUCUGCUGCAAGAUCCUCGGCAAGAUCGCCACCAAGUUCGACGCCUACACGAUCGGUAAGGAGGUGCUGCCGCUGGUGCGGGCGCUGUGCCAGGACGUGGAGCUGGAGGUGCGCGCCACCAUGUGCCGCCAGCUGGAGAGCGUCGCCCGGGGCCUGGGGCUGGAGCAGACGCGCGUGGCGGUGCUGCCGGAGCUGCUGGAGCUGGCGGCGGACGAGGAGGGGGGGGUACGCACGGCGGCGCUGGAGACGCUCACCAACGCCAUCGCCAUGCUGGACUCUGCGACGUGCCGGCACACGGUGGUGCCGCUGGUCGAGGGGUUUUGUGAGCGGGCGCUCGCCGGAGACGAGAACUCCAUGCCCAGCCUCGCCCUCAACUUCGGCCGCCUUUGCCACAGCCUCUCCGCCAUGCUGAGCGAGGAGCAGCGCUGGUCGUUGCUGGAGCACUACUGCCGGCUGAGCCGCGCCGGCGCCGCCGUGGAGAACGGCAACGGCCACGGUGGCAGCCCCGGCACGGACGGGCCACGGCGCGAUGCCGAUGUCUACAUGGGGCUGGCGCAGCAGCAGCUGGUGCCGGGUGCCAGCGGCGAGCGGUCGGCGCGACAAGUGGAGUGCCGUAGACACUGCGCGUACAAUCUGCCCGCCAUGGUGCAGUUCGCCCAGCCGGAGAACUUUCCUAGCCGGCUGCGGGCCGCCUUCACCGCCAUGUGCCACGACCGCGACGCCGGCGUGCGGGCGACCGUGGCCAGCAGCCUCCUCGAGGUGGCGAAGCUUUUGGCCCCCAAAGUUCACCUCAUUCACAAGGAGCUGCUGUCACUGCUACAGGACGAGUCCUUGCAGGUGCUGGAUGCCCUCGUGGACAACCUGACGGAGGUGCUGCUGCUCGCGCGACGGACGGGCAGCCACGAGAACAAGGCUCCACCGGCGUCGGAGCUCAUCGCGGCGCUGCUGGCGGCGGAGGCACGCGCCGGUGCUUCGCUCAAGUGGCGCCUGCACGAGCGGCUCGUGGCGAGCCUCGCCGGUCUCCCCGCCGUGCUGUCCAGCGACCAGCUGUACUACAAGUUCGUGCCCGUGGCCUUCCGCAUCAUCGACACGCACCGAGUGCUUCCCGUGCAGCAGGCGGCGGUGCGGACGCUGUGCACGCUCAUCCGACACAACCGCCGGCACGAGCAGCGGCAGGAGAUGUGCGACAAGCUCGUGGCGCAGCUGUGCAGGGCGCGUAGUUUCCGCCGCCGUGUCCUGUUCCUGGACGCGUGCGGGUACCUGAUGGAGCACUUCUCCCGCGCCUUCGUGAAGCGAGCCUUCUUCACGCACGCCAUGGCGCUCACCUGUGACCCCGUGGCCAACGUCAGGAUGCGGCUGUGCUCGCUGCUGCCGCGCCUCAAGGCCUUGCUCCGCCUGCCCGGGGACCACGAUCUGCAGCAGCAGCUGGAGGCGGCGAUCCGGCGCUCGCUCUCGCAGGAGCGUGACGCCGAUGCCCUGGCCGCCGUGCGCAAGGCGGUGUUGGCCCUCGACCGCAUAGAAGUGGCAGUCGACUCGUUGCACCGGAAGCCGUGCGAGGAUGACCUCAUCGAUGAGCAGAGGGAGCAGGAUGAGAACCUGUUGAUGGAGGAGCAGCGUGAGAGGGAGAAGCAGCACGCGGAUAGCAAGUGCAGCCAACAGAAGCCCAAGGGAGACAAGAAGAAAGGAGCGGCGCAGGAGGCGAGGAAGAUCGGCAAGCUGUCCCGCAGCAACUCGCUCAGCAUGCAGCCCCCGGCGCAACCGGUGGCACCAACGCCGGCCCCACCGGUCAAGGGCAGCAGGAAGAGCUCCAUUGGCUCCAUCGGGAGUGCCCAUUCGCCGGUGAUCGGCGGGCGGAGUCAGGUGCCCAGCCUCUUCCCUCCGUUAACAGAGAACCCUGGGCGGCCGCGAUCCAAUAGCAACCCGGCGGCCAAUCGCAGCCAGGCCAAGCCGGUUACCGUGGGAACAACGCCGAGCCAAUCGGAGAAGAGGGCAGUCGUCAGGGACGCCAAUCAGAGGAAAGUGACGGAGAAGAGCAGCGCAGCCACCAAAAAGGUGAAGCCAUGACACUCGAAGGAUUCCACCGCCGGUACCUCCACUUUGUAUUCCCGGAAUUUUCCGACGGCGGCGACUCCAUUCGCCACCGCGUGGGGGUCACGGUAGGGUGGGGGGGGGGUCAUCGCAAGGGCGUCCUUCCACGUUGCUGCCUUAAACAUUCCGGAAUUUUCCAACGGCAGGGUAUCCAUCCGCCGCCGUGUGGGGGUCACCGGGGUUAUCGACAUGAUCCUCGUAAGGGCGUCUUUCCACGUGCCUGCCUUAAACAUUCCGGAGUUUUCCGACGGCGGCAUCUCCAUCCGUCGCCGUGUGGGGGUCACUGGGAUCAUCGACGGGAUCCUCGCAAGGGCGUCCUUCCACCUGCCUGCCUUCAACAUUACACCCACCGCCCCCCACGCCCCACCGUGGACUCGCGGUUAACGACCCCGGACGUUUGUAAACAACCUCAGAGAAUUUAGUUACUAAAAAGAUAAAGAAUAGCACCCACAUCGAGCGCUCGUUUAAUAAAAGGUGUUGUUGUUGUGUACAGUUUCUUGCCUAUGUAAUUUAAUUUAUUGGAAUGUUUAGGACGUUUUAAAAUAUCCCCACGGACGUUUCACAAACGGCUGUGACAGCGGCGCCGUUUUUAAUAUUUAAAAAAGUUGCCCGGGGGGAGUUUUGACCAACUCUGGGCAGUGCUCACCGAUUGCCUGCCGCCUCGCAGUUCUCCAAUAGCAGUGCUCUUCACUACUAAAUGCAGUGCCUGAUUACUACAUUACAAAUACAGCAAGUGAGGACGUCACACACAUACACACAUAUUCACGUGCAGCAAUCAAGAAAUGGCAUAGUACUUUAACACACCAUCCACAUUUUUCAUGUCAUCAUUUACAGCCCCUUUUUUCAACUCCACUGCUGGAUGGAAACCUUACCGUGCCGCGUCGGUCAUGGAAGUUCUCUGGCCCGUACUCUGCUCUGGCCACUGGCCCGGUUCUGACGUCACUCGCCACUGAUGUUAGCCGUGACUGGGAAUCGAACUCACGAUGGUGGGUUCAUGGCUCGGUGCGGUAAUCACUGCGUUGAUACGCCACCUCCAACUUUAUUUUAUAUACUAUAUCAUUCAUCUGGUUUAAACGAUAACUUAUUUAAAAAGCGAGUAGUGGCUUUAACAGUGAGGGUGGAAGUUCUAUACAUACUUAAUCCUGGGCAAGUGUUCCGAUGCAAUUGUUUUAAGUUGGGGCGCUACCCCUUUGACUGACAUCGAUAAAAUAAUAAGUGAGCAGCCGCACUGUCAUUGGUGGAGCAGAAAAAUGUCUCUCCAUAUCCCUGUCCGUGUACCGUGUCCCCAUGUCUCCAUGUCUGGCACUAUCCGUGUCUCCUUAGUGUCUGGCGGGUCUUCCUGUGUCGCGCGGGGCAUUGUCUCUCUUCAUAAUCAACGUUUUUGGGUUUAGAUCGCGUUAUUUAUAAAUGUGCCGUAACCCUCCACCACCCGACACGGCCAAUCAGUAAAAAAGUGUCACGUUGACAAAAGACAAAUAGUUCACUGCUUUAGCCCACCGGUGUGUUGAAGCGUGAAACCACAACAUUUACAAUUUGAGUACGAUUUAUAAAUAACGCGAUCUAAACCCAAAAACGUUGAUUAUGAAUUAAUAUUGGUCGCGAAAGCCUACGUGUUAAAGAUUGUCUCUCUCUCUCAUGUCCCCCCUCUCGUCCUCUCUGCCGCCCCGAUCCACGUGUGGACAUUGCUUCACCCACUUCAUGUUCGCCUGAGCCUCCACUAAAAAGGGAUUUGUUACCGCCAUCCUGUUGAGGGAAUGUUGUGGAAAAAAAUAUUUUCUUCUAAUAAUUCCCAGGAAUUUAAAACCUGGCAACAUUGACGAAAUGCUUCGGGUCGGCAAAUGAGGGGAUUGACUUUCAACAUCGAAUGACAAGUCAAUGCACCGUGGAAAUGUUACAAAUGUGACUCAUAAAGCGGCGAGGCCUGUGCAAAGUGUAAAUUACCAAAAAAACCUGCAGUAUUUAUAAGCUUUUCAUAAACCUGUGUAAAUAACAAAUGUGUGUAUAUUCUUGUUGCUGUUGUUACCGUGCGUCAGGAAAUCAAAGUGAGCGUUUUGGAGUGGGGAAACACCCGCGCGUUAGUAAGCAUUCACGAGAUUACUUGAUUUUAUCUUAAAGUUUAUUUUCACUUUUUUUUCAAUGAGCUCUUAAUAAAAAAAUAGAUCAUUCACUUUUUUCUGAAUAUGAUAUAAAAAAAAUAAUGCAACGUUGUACAAAACUUGUGCACGCAAUUGAAACGUGCUCUGGGUUUCUAAAUUUCAUCCUUAAUCGGAAUAUUUAUUGAUACUGGAGGAAUCUGAUGGGCAUCUUUUACACAGACGUCCAAAUUCACCUUUGUGAGCAGCUUCAACAGCAUAAACCCAGUGGGCCUGGCCACAAGCAGCUUGUAUAUACCGGCAUAUCCAAGAAAGACAAAGGUUGCCUGCAUCGUCUCUUGGGGCAAAUGCUGUUAGCGAGCACCUGUUAAAGCCGGCACGGCGCAAGAGAUGGAUGGUGUGGACAGGACACCACGCCCGGCUGCCUCUGUCUUCCCAGUGGUGAUGUUUACACAUCGCACCAGGUACUCAUUUAAGGCUGGGUCCAGUAAACGGGAUGACCAGGACCAGUUCAGACACCAAUGUCAAUCGUGGCUGGGAAGCAAAACUCAGGUCCGCCCGGUUUGUCGCGCAGUGCAUUAACCACUACUCCACCGCUCCCCACCACCAGCCUGUCAAAAUAUAUAGUCGUACAGACUACUGGCACAAGUGAUGUUAGCGAGCACCUAUUAAGGCUGUCACGGUGCGUAGGGUGGGCGGACGGGUGAUGUGGCUGGCAACACUCUGCCUUUGAGCACUGAUAGUUUACGCAUCGUAUCAGAUACUAAUAUGAGGGCGAGUAACCGAAGGGAGAUCCAGGAAUCGCCUGCCACUGAUGUUAGCUGUGGCCAGGAAUCGAGACUCGGGUCGCCGUGUUCGUAGCGCAUUGCGCUAACCACAGCGCGACCACUCCACGCUCCAGCUUGAACACAAAUACAAAGACCACCCUAUAGCCUUACCAGACAAUUGGGGCAAGUGCUAUGAGCGAGCGCCUAUGAAGGCCGGGCACGGCACACAAGGGGGUGGUGUGGCCAACACCACGCCCGACCGCCUUUGUCUCUCCAGUGGCGAUGUUUACACACCGCACCAGGUACUAAUUUGAGGCUGAGUCGAGCUAGGGGAGACCCAGGACCAUUUCAGAUAAUCGUCACUGGUGUUGGUUGUGAGCAGGAAUGAAACCUGGGUUGCCUUGUUCGUAGUGCAGCGCGGCACUAACCACUACACUACCGCUCCCCACAGCUUGAACACACGCGCACACACAUACUGUACUAUCACACAGAAAUGUGUCUUGUGAAACAAUUCUAAGAAAUUUGCGACUGCCGCAAAGUGUUGGUGUUCUGCGCCAUGCCUUCCAUUUCUAAAACAAUCUUGUACAUUGUAGAGAUUUAAAAAAAUUGUUAGAAAUUUACAAGUUUUUUUUGUAAGCGACGAAUGUCCUCACCACCACGAUGUGUUUCGUGCAGAACGAAAACAUAAAAACGAAAACACUUUAAAAAAAUUAUACAAAAUAAACAAACGAACCGAAGUUUUGAAAUGCUCAAAUACGAACGGUGCUUUAACAAAGCGUAAGCGGCGUGAGUUACUCUCAAGUCUUGAGGUUUAUGAGCUUGGUUGCUAUGCGUCUGCUGUCAAACAGAUCGUAGCAUUUUCCCAGAAUGUUUUACAACCUCUGAACAGCCCAGUGGUACGGCCAGCACUUGCGGCUGUAAAAACACUUCAAAAUCGUGAAUCAAACCCAGGCGUUUUAUCAUGAAAGCCGGACACGGUAUGGUAUGGCAUCUGAAAUCAGCCGCUA